AUGUUGAGGGUACUUCUUUGGAUGCUGUUUGCGGUUCAAUCCUUGAGCUGGGCUGGAGUGUUGCGAACUGAAGAUCAGCAGAACAAUGAAUCAGUGUGCCAGUUGGACGAUUCGUUGCUUCAAGAAAUUCGCAGUUAUCAACCGAUUGUGGAAAAUAUUUUCUAUGAAAUUGUACGCGGGCGUUUCGCUGGCAAGACUUGGGAAAGUGUUGCAGAGCUGACGGAUACGUUUGGCCCACGUAUGUCCGGGACAGAGCAACUGGAGAAGGCCAUUGAUUUUUCCAUCGAACGUAUGCGUCUAGAUGGGCUAGAGAAUGUGCACACGGAGGAUGCUCCAGUACCGCACUGGGUUCGAGGCUAUGAAAGUGCGGUCUUAGUGGAACCAUUUUACAAAGAACUUCCCAUUUUGGGAUUGGGAACGUCCGUGGGAACUCCUGAGGGGGGAGUUUUGGCACAUGCGGUGGUUGUCGAAUCGUUCAAAGAGCUCGAAACGCUGCCUAAGGAAACAGUCGAAGGCAGGAUAGUGGUGUUUGUUCCCGAAUGGGUCAGUUAUGGUGUGACUGGUCAGUACCGUAGCCAGGGUGCCUCGGCAGCAGCCAAGAAGGGUGCUGUUGCAGCUUUGAUUCGUUCGAUAACACCAUUUUCUAUCGGAUCGCCACACACUGGAGUGCAAAUGUAUGAAGCUGGUGUGAACAAGAUUCCAGUUGCGUCAAUCACAGUAGAAGAUGCGGAGCUGCUUUUGCGUAAAUAUCGUCGAGGAGAAACUUUGAAGUUACAUCUAGUGAUGGAGGAUUAUAACCUGGAUCCGUUCGUUUCGCGGAAUGCAAUAGGGGAACUUGUGGGAACGGUCUAUUCAAACACAUCGGUUGUCGUUGUGUCCGGUCACUUGGACAGUUGGGACGUAGGUGUAGGAGCGAUGGACGAUGCCGGAGGUGUCAUGAUUUCGUGGAAAGCGUUGACGUAUUUGAAAGCCAUGGGUUUAAGGCCUAGACGGACAAUCCGUGCCAUACUCUGGACUGGAGAAGAGCAAGGAAUGUGGGGUGGCAAACAGUACUACGAAGAUCAUAGGGAACAUCAGGAGGAUGAAUUUAAUUUUUUCUUUGAGGCAGAUUUUGGCACAUUCAAUCCAACCGGGUUCGAUUUUGUUGGAAACGAACAGGCUGGCUGUAUAUUCCAGGAAAUUGUGAAGCUAAUGGCGCCGUUUAACAUUACCAACUUUAGGGCAACCAGUGAUGCAGGACCAGAUAUUUCCUAUUGGGUUGGUGACGGGUUUCCGGCAGCUGCUUUCAUUAACGAAAACGAAAGAUAUUUUUGGUUCCAUCACACAGAAGGCGAUAGCAUGCUUGUGGAAAACUCAGAAAGCUUGGACAAAUGCGCCGCAAUUUGGGCAGCCGCAGCUUAUGUUGUGGCUGAUUUGAGUCUUUCAAUGCCGAGAUCUUAA